AUGGAUGACCAAGGAGUUGCGCCAGAUGUUGUUACCUACAACACUUUGAUAAACGGUCUUGGUUGUUAUAGUAGAUGGACUGAUGUCGCACGAUUAUUGAAUGAUAUGAUCAAAAGGAAUAUCACUCCUGAUGUUGUCACUUUCACCGGAUUAAUUGAUAAUUUUGUCAAAGAGGGGAAGUUUCUAGAAGCCAGAGAACUUUACGAGCAGAUGGUCCAGAGAGGUUUGGUUCCGAGUACUUUCACUUAUAAUUCGUUGAUUGAUGGACUUUGUAUGCAGAAUCGCCUUGAUGAGGCGAAAAAAAUGUUUGAUUCUAUGGCUACCAAGGGUUGUCCUCCAGAUGUAGUGACUUUUAACGCUCUCAUAAAUGGAUACUGCAAGUCUGGUAGGGUUGACCAGGGUAUGAAACUCUUUAGUGAGAUGUUUCGAAGAGGAGUUGUUGCUGAUACAUGUACUUAUACUUCUCUCAUCCAAGGGUUUUUUCAAGCAGGCAAUCUUGAUGCUGCCCGAAAACUUUUCCUAGAGAUGCAGUGUCAAGGUCAAUAUCCUAAUCUUGUAACUUUCAGUGUCCUGCUUGAUGGGCUAUGCAAGAAUGGAAAGCUAGAAGAGGCAUUUUGUUUAUACAACAAGAUGGAAAAGAGUGGGAUGAACCUCGAUAUAAUCGCACAUACUAUAAUCAUUCAUGGCUUGUGUGUGGAUGACAAGGUUGAGGACGCGUCGCGAUUGUUUAAUGGGCUUUUGGAUAGAGAAGUGGAACCAAAUGUGAAAACAUACACUGCAAUGAUUUCGGGACUUUGUAGAAAAGGUUUACUGGAUGAAGCCGAAAAGCUAUUUAGAGAUAUGAAAGUGGCUGGUUGUUUGCCAAAUGAUCGCACAUACAAUGCGUUGAUUCAGGGUCAUCUCAGGAAUGGAUAUACAUCUAAGGGUAUCGAGCUUGUACGUGAAAUGCGUAGCUGUGGGUUCUCUGCGGAUGCAUCGACCACAGAGAUUAUUGUAGAUAUGAUAUGCGAUGGAAGAUUGGAUAAGAAGUUUAUGGAUUCUCGUCCAUAG